AUGGAGUCUUACUUAAACGCUCCUCAAGGCUUCUUGCUCUGUUGCCAUGGAAGCACAAUUGGUGCCGGUCCUACUCUUUCUUCAACCAUACAUUCUUCUGUCAAGCAAAUCGUCGAUUCCAGCUUCAGAUUGUUGCGCGGCUCCGUCUCCUUAUACAAGGAUCAUAUGAGAAGGGGAAGAAGCCGUCAAUUCCGAAGAUUUCAGGAGCAGUUUGGGAAGCAUGUUCCAGUUUCAAGAAAGUCCCUGGAACAAACAGAGAUUGGUAGAGGGAUCACGCAGGUUGCGGUUUCGAUGAAGGAUGUUCUAGGGAGAUGA